AUGAGUCUACCAACGCAAAAACAUGGUGUUACACCUCUACACCUCGUCCAACAGCCGCCCUACUCGAUCCAAUCACCGGGCGAGCUGGCCAAAGAUGGCGAGACUGCUCCCUACCGAAACAUCAAGGCCAAGAACGGCCUCAUUGAGAAGCCUGCACCCAAUGUCUCCACGAUAUUCGAGCUGGUGAAGCACAGUACCGGGAAAUAUGCCGACUUGCACGCCAUAGGCUCGAGACAACUCGUCAAGAUACACAAGGAAGUCAAGAAGGUGGAAAAGAUUGUCGACGGACAAACGACAAAAGUGGACAAGGAGUGGCAGUACUUUGAGCUUUCGGAAUAUUCCUACCUCACAUACACGGAAUAUGAGAGGCGGGUGUUGCAGGUCGGAGCCGGACUACGCAAGUUGGGCUUGGAACCACAGGACAAGGUGCACAUUUUUGCUUCCACGAGCGCGAAUUGGCUCUGCCUCUCGCACGCCUGCUCAUCGCAGUCGGUCACGAUCGCAACCGCCUACGAUACCCUGGGACCCGAUGGCGUACAACAUUCCCUGGUUCAGACAAAGGCCAAGGCCAUGUAUACCGAUCCCCAACUGCUGAAGACAGCAUCUGCUGCUCUCAAGUCCGCAAAAGACGUCGAGGUCCUCAUCUACAAUGACGAAUCGCUCAUGCCCAUGAGCGGUUCGGAACUGAGCUCAUUCAAAGAGGCGCAUCCCCAAUUGCAGGUCAUUUCGUUCAGCGAGCUCCGUGCGCUGGGCGAAGCGAAUCCGACGGCACCAGUGGCCCCCAAGCCUUCCGACCUAUACUGCAUUAUGUACACAUCUGGUUCGACCGGUCCGCCAAAGGGCGUGCCCAUCACCCACGAGGCCAUUAUCGCAUCAAUCGCAGGUCUUCACAGCAACGUCGAAGAGGCCAUCUCCUCUGACGACGUCGUACUUGCUUAUCUGCCCCUGGCGCACAUCUUUGAACUCUGCCUCGAGAACCUGGCCAUCUUUGUCGGAGGUACAUUAGGAUACGGUUCGCACCGCACGCUGACGGACACGAGUAUGCGCAACUGUGCUGGUGACCUACGGGAGCUGAAACCCACUGCCAUGGUUGGCGUUCCCCAGGUAUGGGAGACGGUCAGAAAGGGCGUCGAGGCCAAAGUCAACUCUGCUGCUGCUAUUACCAAGGCCAUGUUCUGGGGUGCCUACAAUCUCAAGUCUACCUUGGUAUCGUAUGGCCUUCCUGGUGCCACUCUCUUGGACAAUGUGGUCUUUGGCAAGGUCCGGGAAAUGACGGGAGGUAGAUUACGCUUCAUAUUUAAUGGUGCAUCUGGAAUCUCCCAGGGCACGUUGCAUUUCAUGUCCAUGGUACUCGCGCCAAUGAUCGCUGGAUACGGUCUGACCGAAACCUGCGCCAGCGGUGCCCUGGGAUCGCCGCUACAAUGGACACCUCACGCCAUCGGUCCCGUGCCGAGUGCUGUCGAGCUCAAGCUCGUUAGCCUUCCGGAGCUGAAUUAUAGUACCGCCUCAACACCGCCGCAGGGUGAGAUCCUGUUGCGAGGCAAGCCCGUGCUCAAGGGGUACUACGAAAACCCCGAAGAGACGAAAAAGGCCAUCACGCCCGACGGGUGGUUCAAGACAGGUGACAUUGGUGAGAUUGACUCCAACGGACACAUAAAGGUCAUUGAUCGCGUCAAGAACCUCGUCAAGAUGCAGGGCGGAGAGUACAUUGCGCUCGAAAGGGUCGAGGCCAUCUAUCGAGGCAGCCAAUUCGUGCAGAACCUGAUGGUCCACGGCGACUCGUCGCACCCCCGAGCCAUUGCCAUUGUCAGCCCCAACGAGAAACACCUCACGGAGCUCGCCGAGAGCCUGGGCGUGGACGAGAAGAGCAUGUACCACGACAAGCAAGUCAAGGACGCCGUCUUGAAGGACUUGAUUGAUGCUGCCAAGAGAGGAGGUCUGAGCGGACUGGAGAUGAUUAGUAACGUCAUCAUUGUCGACGACGAGUGGACACCAGUAAAUAAUCUUGUCACGGCCACACACAAGGUGAAUAGACGAAAGUUGCAACAACACUACGAAAAGGAGAUCGAGGCGGCCUUUAGAGGAUAG